AUGGCAACCGGGACAAUCGAGCAUACUGCACCAUCUGAAGUGCGAAUGAAUCCUUUCUCUUCUAGCAACAACAACAUGCGGACCCACGAUCUCCACCAGACGGAGAAGAAGCUGGUCCAGGCCUUCCGCGCUCCGGCGCGAGCCUUGAACCCGUUUCUUAUCACCGAGCGCCAGGACGAGAAACAACUGUGUAUCUCGUCAAGAAACCUGCAAGUGAAUGAUUUUACUCUUAUAAAGACCCUGGGAACUGGCACUUUCGCACGAGUAUGGCUCGCGAGAUUGAAGGACCAGAAAGACAAGACCAAAGUUCACGCAUUAAAGAUCCUUCGCAAGGCCGAUGUGAUCAAGCUGAAGCAGGUGGAACAUGUGCGCAACGAGCGCAAGACUCUCGCGGCGGUCGUCGGUCACCCUUUUAUCACAACCCUCGUCGCAUCUUUCUCGGAUGAACAAAACUUAUACAUGCUGUUGGACUUUUGCCCUGGAGGUGAGAUUUUCACAUACCUUCGACGUUCGCGCCGGUUCAACGAAGAAACCUCAAGGAUUUAUGCCGCCGAAAUCACCAUGACGAUUGAGUUCCUACACGAUAUUCACGGUGUCGCCUACCGUGACUUGAAGCCAGAGAAUAUUCUCCUCGACGCGGACGGACAUAUCAAACUUGUGGACUUUGGUUUUGCAAAGCAAGUGGACAAUCGUGAAACCUAUACUCUAUGUGGAACACCCGAGUAUUUGGCUCCGGAAGUCAUCCAUAAUAGUGGACACGGACUUGCAGUGGACUGGUGGGCGCUGGGGAUCUUGAUCUACGAGUUCUUAGUGGGACAGCCUCCGUUCUGGGACCAGAACCCCAUGCGCAUCUACGAACAAAUUGUGGAAGGCCGAUUACGUUUCCCACCGAAUAUGCCCCCAGCUGCUCAGAAUAUCGUCACUUUGCUUUGCAAAACAAAUCCUUCAGAACGACUGGGCCAUAUUUCUGGUGGCUCGACUCGUGUGAAGUCCCAUCCGUUCUUUGCAGAUGUUGCUUGGGAUGAUCUCUUUUACAAACGCGUCAAGGGUCCGAUUAUCCCCCGUGUGUCUCACCCUGCCGAUACUGGCAAUUUCGAAGAAUAUCCCGACAUUGAUACCAAAAACCAGAAUCUCUACACUGAAGAUCUGAAGAAGAAAUUUGAGCCUCUUUUCAGUGAUUUCUGA